CUCCCUGAGGGCACGCCCCUUUCCAAACGCUCUCUCCCAUUGGCUGUGGCAGGGGAAGGGGGCGUGUCCCCGGAAGCGCGCGCUAGCGGCGGCAUGGCCGCCGUCCCGCCUGACUCCUGGCAACCGCCCACCGUCUCCAUGGAGACCACGAUGGGCCCGCUGGUGCUGGAGCUCUACUGGAAGCACGCGCCCCGCACGUGCAGGAACUUCGCGGAGCUCUGCCGCCGCGGCUACUACAACGGCACCAAGUUCCACCGCGUCAUCAAGGACUUCAUGGUGCAAGGGGGGGACCCCACCGGCACCGGCCGUGGUGGUGCCUCCAUCUAUGGGAAGCACUUUGAGGAUGAGCUGCACCCGGAGCUCAAGUUCACCGGCGCAGGGAUCCUGGCGAUGGCCAACGCGGGGCCGGACACCAACGGCAGCCAGUUCUUCCUGACGCUGGCCCCGGCGCAGUGGCUGGACGGGAAGCACAGCAUCUUCGGCCGGGUGAGCCAGGGCAUGGCGGUGCUGGCGCGCCUCGCCAUGGUGGACACCAACGCGCAGGACCGGCCCCUCGACGACGUCAAGGUCAUCAAGGCUUUUCCAUCGGGAUAAUGGGGGGCUCCGGGUCCUCCUCUAUGGAAUAAAGGAGGUGGGAAGUGGA